AUGGGAUUCGUAGUGGGUUACAUUCUUGGUUUCGCAUUAGGGUUCGGUUUGAUGGUGGGCUUUGCCCGAUACCAGAAUACCAGAUCCAAGAGUCGAACUGAUUUGGCAGCAGCAGUAGCAGCUCUUUCGAGGAUGACAGUCCAAGAUUCGAGGAAACUUCUUCCAGAUCAAUUCUACCCUUCUUGGCUUGUGAAUUGGCUUAAUCACCUUAUUGAGAAAAUAUGGCCUUACGUUGACGAGGCUGCUUCGGAGAUAAUAAGAAGCUCGGUGGAGCCAAUUCUGGAGCAAUACAGACCAGCAGUUUUGGCUUCCCUCAAGUUUUCUAAGUUGACUCUAGGCACUGUCGCACCACAAUUCACAGGAUUUACCAUCAUUGAAGGUGAACCUAAAGAGAUUGUAAUGGAAUUGGAUUUGCAGUGGGACGGAAAUCCAAAUAUUGUACUCGAUAUUAAGACUAGAGUUGGCGUAGCGUUACCAAUACAGGUAAAAAAUAUUGGAUUUACGGGGGUUUUCAGGCUAAUAUUCAAGCCUCUAGUCGACGAGAUUCCAUGUUUUGGAGCUGUUUGUUAUUCCUUGAGAGAGAAGAGAAAUCUCGACUUUACGCUCAAAGUGGUUGGUGGUGAUAUAUCAUCAAUUCCAGGAAUAUCUACUGCCCUUGAGGAUACAAUACGAGAUGCUAUUGAAGAUUCUAUCACAUGGCCCGUCCGUAAAAUUAUACCCAUAAUACCUGGAGAUUAUAGUUACCUAGAAUUAAAGCCGGUUGGAAUUUUGGAAGUGAAGCUCAUUGAAGCAAAGGAGUUAACAAAUAAAGACGUGAUCGGAAAAUCCGAUCCCUUUGCAAAGAUAUUCAUCCGUCCUUUACGUGACAGAACAAAAACAAGCAAAACAAAAGAUAAUCAAAUAAAUCCAAUAUGGAACGAGCACUUUGAGUUUGAAGUUGAGGAUGUGGUGACUCAAAACCUGACGAUAAAGAUUUACGACGAUGAAGGAAUCCAAGCUGCUGAAUUGAUUGGGUGUGCUCAAAUGCCACUCCGUCAGCUUGAGCCUGGUAAGGUCAAAGACGUGUGGCUCAAACUGGUCAAGGAUCUUGAAAUCCAACGAGACAACAAGAACCGCGGUCAGGUGCAUUUGGAGUUGUUAUACUGCCCAAUGAGCAGUGAGAGUGCGUUUAUGAAUCCGUUCGACCCGGAUUUCAGAUUAACAUCUCUGGAGAAGGCACUUAAGCAAGUAACAGAUGAUGGAGCAGAUGAGGAUCCACCAAAAGCUGCAUCGAAGAAGAAGGAUAUUAUAAUCAGAGGAGUUCUGUCUGUGACAGUGAUGUCUGCAGAGGAAUUGCCAACUACUGAUUUCAUGGGAAAAUCGGACCCUUUUGUCGUACUGACUAUGAAAAAGUCUGACCAAAAGAACAAGACAAGGGUAAACAAACACAUUAUUAAUUACUAA